AUGGAUCAGAAUACUUUCGCAGCGGACGAGAAUACCGCUCUCACUAGCUCCCGCCAACAAACAGUCGGAGCCAAAGGGACCUCGGGUGUGCCAUCCUGGAACGCAGUCUCGGCGAACCAGAGCGGCUGCGAUAUCUUUGAGCUGUUUGAGGUUUACAGGCGAUCGGCAAACCGCUACAUAAACCAGUAUUUUGAGUGCCUGGAUCGCCUUCCAGCCUCCGGUACUGAGCUCAACGCGUAUAGCCGGUCGCAAGAAGUGUCUACCCGCGAGGGCUCUGAAGCAGAGAGGAAUGUCUGGCUCUUGAAGAUUUCGCAUGACAGCGCGGUGCGGGAUCUGACAGUGCUGGACGAGAUCCUUGACAAGGCCAAGGAACAAGAGAAGCCUCCAGGGAGAACCAUUUCUCCAGGCGCAGCCGUAUGGUAA